AUAGUCCAACUCGGACAAAAUUUACAAGAGCACCCGAAGCCAUGGAAAAAAAGUAAGGUAGGAGUAAUUUCAUCUUACUGUGUUGUUUCCUCACUCUCAAUUCUCAAUCGAACUGAAUCAAAUUAAUCAAGGAGAAUCGAACUUGAUAUACAAGCGGCCUUGAUUCAUACAUUCCAAAAACUUUUUCUGAUGAUACAUCCUGACAUCUGACUUUGCUCAGUGUUAAUCAAGGACGAUAAAGAAGGUGGUUAACGAUCAUUAUGAUCGUGUUGAUUUUCCCUCCUGGAACACUACUAAAAGCAUAGUCUUAUUUAUAGUCGGUAACUUACUACGCUGGUCAAGUGUCUCCUAAUAAUUGUUCUAAAUAGGCUUGAAACAUGGCCGGGCAUUCUUUGGUUCAAGGUUUGACCGCCUCAGCUGGUUUAUCAUCAUCAUUAGUCCCUUUCUGGCAUGGUUCUGUCAGUUCAUUGCCAUGUCUUCGAUCUAGACGUAAGAAACAAGCAAUAUUUAUUAAGGCUAUGUCUUCUAAUCCAGAGCAGAAUCAAUCACCCUCUUCAUCAGAACCGAAAUCCGCAUUUGCAGCUGUUUUAGAUUUUCCUCGUAGUAUCUGGAAGCAAACACUACGUCCUUUAAGCGACUUUGGAUUUGGUAGAAGGAGCAUUUGGGAAGGUGGGGUUGGCUUAUUUCUUGUCUCGGGCACAAUUCUAUUUGUCCUGAGUUUGGCUUGGCUACGUGCAUUUCAGAUUCGCAGCAGAUUUAGAAAGUAUAUGGCUGUAUUUGAGUUUCCUCAGGCCUGUGGCAUUUGCACUGGAACACCGGUGAGGAUUCGAGGGGUUAAUGUUGGAAAUGUGGUUCGUGUAAACCCUUCUUUGAAGAGCAUAGAAGCUGUUGUUGAGGUUGAUGAUGAUAAAAUCAUUAUCCCGCGAAAUUCUUUAGUUGAAGUGAACCAGUCUGGUCUUCUCAUGGAAACUAUGAUUGACAUAACUCCAAAGGAUCCAAUUCCCACACCUUCUAUUGGGCCUCUUGAUCCUGAAUGUGAUAAGGAAGGCCUUAUUGUGUGCGAUAGGCAAAAAAUAAAGGGCUUACAGGGAGUGAGUUUAGACGCACUUGUUGGAAUAUUUACUCGCAUUGGGCGUGAAGUGGAAGAGAUUGGUGUUGCUAAUACUUAUUCAUUGGCGCAAAGAGUUGCGGCUGUUAUUGAAGAGGCCAAACCUCUGCUAUCAAAGAUUAAAGCUGUGUCUGAAGAAGUUCAACCUUUGUUGUCGGAGGUUCGUGACACCGGUUUGCUGAAGGAAGUUGAAAGUUUGACUAGAAGUCUAACACAGGCAACUGAAGAUUUGAGAGAGGUGCAUUCCUCUAUUAUGACCCCAGAGAACACUGAAUUGAUUCAAAAAUCAAUAUACACCCUGACAUUUACCUUGAAGAACAUUGAGAGUAUCAGCUCUGACAUUUUGGGUUUCACGGGUGAUGAGUCCACCAGACGGAAUUUAAAGCUGCUUAUUAAAUCAUUGAGCAGGAUGCUGUGACUGUGAGACAUCUGGACUACGGAAUAUGGUUGAUUUUAUCUUAUAUGCAUGGACGAAGUGUCAAGAGCGCAACGUAUAGUUCUUUGUCAAAAUGGGACUUUCUGAUUUUAAGUUGUCCAGGCAUUUUUUCUAUGUGAAAUUGUCCGAGACAUUUUUUCCUCCAUAUCGUUUUUAAACUUGAACUGGUCAUUUUGUGAGAGAAAUGCUGGUUCCAUGCUGCAAGUAAAAAAUACAGAAGUACAUUUUAAGUUCCUUCUCGGUUGAGGAUGAACAGGAGAUCGAUUUGCAUAAUUUUGUGGUUUUGAAGGAAAUAAAAAAUACUCAUUGAACAA